AUGUCUCGUCCUCAGUGCUGGUGUACAGCAUCUCUUGGGACAACCGAGACCUCCACCGCCUGCACCUACCCCUGCGCUGGAAACCCUGGGGAGACCUGCGGCGGCUUUGACGCGCUUUCGCUGUACAAGAUCGUCUCGGUCACCACCCCUCCCACCGAUGAUCCUACCCCCGCGCCUCUGACUACCCCGGCGCCUAUGCCCACCGCGGAGCCCGUGAUCCCCUCGGGCGACUUCGAGUUGAUCGGAUGUGUUGCUGAUGAUCAAGGCAACAACGUGAGACGAAGAGGAGUCUAUGAAUACAUGGUUCAGGCUUCGUUGUUGGAGAAAAAGCGGAUGCUGGACGAGCUCCAGCUCUCGGACGAGCAGCGAAACGUAAUCGACGCUCUUAUCAAGGAGCAGGUCAAGAUCAAAGUAGAAGAAGCAGCAGCAGCAGAGCGCCCCGCAGCACAGAGCGAGGGCAUGCCUCCCGAAGGAGGCGACACCCGGCUAGAGAGGCCGGCUGGCUCGGAGUCAAGCCCGCGACCCGAAGACCAGCCCCGAUCGCCGGCGGACGUCAGCCUCAUCGACACCCUCGCGCGGGCCUUGCAGAGGUUUCUCAACUAUUACCGAGUGCACGCAGAAACGGACAAGUUGGAGUUGCAAGGGCAGUGGUACUCGUUGAAGCAGCAAGUAGGGGAGGAGCCCCGGCGCUAUCUCACAAGAGCAUCAGUACUUCGCCAGAAACUAGAAGCGUUCGGUUGGAUGCAAUCCGAUCAUGAUGCUAAUGUCCACUAUGUACAUAACCUUCUGCCCGAUUUCAAUGUGCAGAGGAGCGUGUUGUUGGCGCAUUCGGAGGUCAAGACGGAAUUGGUAGAGAAGGUGAUUCUGACUGCCUGGGCGAAGACGGAGGCCGCUAGGAAGAGGGCGUCGGAGAGCGUGGGGGCGUAUGCCCUCGUCACUGGCGGCGACAACCGUGGUGGUGGGGGCGGGAACAUGGGGGAUAGGGGAAAGACGAGAGGACAGCGGAGGACGGCAGCGCGGCAACANGGAACAUGGGGGAUAGGGGGAAGACGAGAGGACAACGGAGGACGGCAGCGCGGCAACAGCAGCAACAUCCGCAGCAGCCAGAGCAGCAGCAUCAGCCGUACUUCAAGCAGCAGCAACAGGAGAGUGGUGUUUCCUUCCGCUCCUCAAGGGCCGCAUGGUAUGGAGUUGGUAGCUGUUCCCGGCCUGCCCUCGCCCGACAUCUCCAUUUCCAUUUUUUAUGAGAGUACUGACGAUGAUGACCGUGGAUGCAUUCCGUACACAGAGCAGGGAGAUUACGAGUGGGCUGUGUACCUAUUGGAACAAAGAGAGGCGAAGGGGAAGAAGGCGGGCGUGUCUCACCAAUCGGGCACACGCGCGGAGUUGCCGCACGAUCUUUGGCAUAUCGAUCUGUGUGGGCCGAUGACGGCCUCGCUGGGGGGGUCGUUUUUCAUGAUCAUGUUCGCGGACAGCUUCUCGCGGUGUUUGAAGCUUUACGGGAUGAGGCGCGAGUCGGACACCCUCGCCUUCGUCAAGAAGUUCAUCGCCGACAUGAGUGGCACCGGUGUCCCUCGUUCUUUCCGGAUGGACAACGGGGGGGGGUUCGUGAGACGCGACUUCAUCGCCUUCUGCGACAACGCCGGCAUCCGCCGUACGUACACGGCGCCGGGCACCCCGCAGCAGAAUGGUCCGGCGGAGAGUGCGAUCUGGCGCGUGAACAAGGCCGGCCACGCCGCUCGUCUCGAGGCACGCCGCCUGUUCCCCAAGAUCGACUUCACCCACGUCCCCGGCUUCGGACGCGAUGGCGAGCGACUUUGGCUAGAUUCGUGUCACUUGGCUGCCGGCGGCUUCAACCGUUCUCCGACCAAGGCAAACGUCGGGUACAAGUCGCCGCACGAGCUCUUCACCGGCCGCCCGCCCCCACUGCAGAUCGUCCCGUUCUUGCAGCCGGGGUACAUGCGUGUGAUGCGCGCGCGGAAGAUGGAUCCCCAGGCAGUGCUGUGCUGCUACCUCAACAACGGCGACAACCAUCACGAGUCGGCGGUCAAGGUCCUCAAGUUCGCGACGGGGCGCGUGUGCAUGACGAACAACGUCGUGUGGGUCUCCGACCGCGCGCCGUUGCUGACCCCGCCGCUGGAGAUGCCGGCGCCGGCGGGCGAGGGGGGGGAUUCGGAUGUCGCCGCCGCACCGUUUUUAAUAGAGUACAUUUCACCGCCUCUGUUACCCCCCUCACCGUUCGCCCGCUCUCCCACUUCACCCGCUGCCAUAUUCUCACAGGCGCCGCCGGCAACUUCCACACCACCAUCGCCGGCGGCGCCGCCUACCGCAGCCACACCAUCGCCGCCGGUCACCGCGCCGUNUGCGAUUUGUGCGUGUCGUGCCGCGGUCGCCUUGGCGCCGCCGGCAACUUCCACACCACCAUCGCCGGUGGCGCCGUCUACCGCAGCCACACCACCGCUACAGGUCAUCGCGCCGCCUGCAACGCCGUUCGCCGUUCGCCGCUGCGCCACCGUUCGCCACCACCACGCCGCCGGCAACACCGUUCACCGCCGCGCCACCAUUUACCACCACCGCGCCACCUGCAAUGCCGUUCGCCGCUGCGCCACCGUCUUCCGCCGUCGCGCCGCCCGGUGCCGCGCCAUCGACCAAGAUGCCGCCGCUCACUACGAGGACCAUCCGUGA